GCAGGGAACGAGAGAGUAACUUUUUCAAUUCCUUUUUUCCUUGGAAGUUAGAAAACUUGAAAUUGAUGCCUUGCAAGAAUAAAGCAGGGGAAUUAGAAAGAACUUGAAGGGAUUCAAGAAUGUUUCGAAAGAUAGCAUUCUUAAUAUCUUCCCACGCCAUUUUUGUUGGGGAUGAGCAGUAAGUACUCAAUUCAUACACCAGAGAUGGGUGGCUAGAAGCUGAGGGAAGAUGAAAUUUUUGCUGCCUUUCUUUUUGAAAGGUAAGAACGUAGUAUGGUGUUUCUUUUAGAAGGAUGUUUUGCUCGAGAUCAAGAGAGACUAUGGGGUUUCUGGAAUUGACGAUUGUGCAUUUUACUUAAAUGGAGAAAUCGUCAAAUGAUUGAUUGAUAACCCAUUGCUACAAGGGCAGUGGAAGAUGGGCUGUGCAUAAUUGAUUUCAAAGUGCUUCAUCCAGCUUGACUGUACAAAAGCAAGACUACCCUUAUCACUGGCGAUUCCUGUCUAAUCAGAGUUCUUAACACCUGCUCCCCUGCAAGAAUUGUAGAAGACAGGCAUGGCAACAGCUGCACUUCUAGCUGUUUAUAAAGUAUUGAUGAUCUUAAUAUUUCUUGGUUGGGUUUCUGUUUGGCUACUUAAGCCCUCACAACUUUGGACGACAAAAUGGCAGGAAGCUGAAGACAGUGUGGGAGCAACAAUAUUUGGGUAUAAUGGCCUUGAUUUUUCUGUUUAUGCAUUCCCCAUUAUUGCUCUGGCAAUAAUUGGACUUGUUUACUUGGAAUUGCAAUCGAACGAACCAAGAGGCAGACGCGGGAGAAACUCAGCCGUAGAUCUUUCCAAUCCACUGGUUGUUAACAGCUAUGUGGGUAUUUUGUCUGGUAUUGAGAUUCUUGCUGUGUCCCUCUUCAUCCUCUUUCUUGCAUGGACAUUCUAUGCCCGGAUCUCUGAUGAUUUGAAGAAAACAAUGUCAACCAAAUCAUUUAAGUUGACUGGAUGGAAUUACAAGUUUUCAAGGGUGGCAGUCCGGUUUGGUUUACUGUCAGAAGCCUGCCUGGCUCUGCUGCUUCUGCCAAUCUUGAGAAGGAUGGCCUUAUUUCAGUUACUUGGUGUCCGGUUUGAAGCUUCAGUAAGGUACCAUACCUGGCUUGGGACAGCCAUGAUAUUUUUUUCAACUUUUCACGGAGCAGGCACCAUUUUCAUCUGGGGUAUUAAACAUCACAUACAAGAAGAGAUGUGGAAAUGGCAGAAAACAGGACGGGUAUACCUUGCUGGGGAGAUUGCUCUUGUUACAGGACUGGUUAUCUGGAUCACAUCACUUCAACAAAUGAGGAGGAAACAGUUUGAAAUUUUCUAUUACACACACCACCUGUACAUAGUCUUUUUACUAUUUGUCUUGUUUCAUGUUGGAGAUCGGCAUUUCUAUAUGGUAUUCCCAGGUGUUUUUCUUUUUGGCCUUGACAAGCUCUUCCGAGUCAUACAAUCAAGACCAGAAACUUGCAUACUUUCUGCACGAAUCUUCCCCUGCAGAGCCAUCGAGCUUACUCUGCCUAAAGACCCAAGACUGAAGUAUACUCCAACAAGCAUGAUUUUUGUGAAGAUCCCAACUAUAUCAAAACUUCAAUGGCAUUCUUUCAGUAUAACAUCAAGCUCUAGUGUUGAUGACCACACGAUGUCUAUCAUAAUCAAAUGCGAAGGAUGGUGGACCAGUACUCUCUUUAACAUGAUACAAGGUGAGGUAAACUCUUACGCUGAUAAGAAGAAAUGCAUCCCUAUUGCAGUUGAAGGCCCUUAUGGACCAGCCUCUGUUGACUACCUAAGAUAUGACUGUCUACUGCUAAUUGGGGGAGGAAUCGGAAUAACCCCAUUCCUAAGCAUGUUGCAGGAAAUAAAUCAUUCCUGUAGUGGGAACAGAAAUAGGUUCCCUACAAACAUACAGCUUAUAUGUGUUGUGAAAAAAGCUCAUGAUAUCUCCCUGUUAAAUCCGAUUUCACCUUUAUUCCUGACGCAGUCGACCAAACAACUGCAUCUAAAACUGAAGGUCUUUGUGACCCAGCAACAGCAAUAUGGUGCAACGGUCAGAGACUUGCUGCAAGAAUUUUAUAGAAUGGAGACUUUAAACUUCGAUACAAAAUGUUCACAGUAUGCAACACAUGGGCUAGAAAGGUUAUUUUGGAUGGCUGCCAUGACAGGGUUUUCCACCAUUGUCUUCAUUGUUUUGCUUAGUUGUUUGAGACAUGUCAUUCUCCAUCCCGAAAAGAAGGCCUUCAAACAGAAAAGUCCCUCUUGGGUUGCUGAUCUUCUUCUCAUGUGUUCAUUUGUCAUGGCCAUAUUAUGCGGCUCUUUGGUGGCAGUUACUUUAAGAUGGAGAAGGCUGAGAAAAGAAAUUCCUCUGAACUCCGACAAGGAAGACACAACUAAGGAAUUAAAUUUGUGGGAGGAUGCUCUCGAGGAACAUGAAAUCUAUUUCGGAGGAAGACCCAACUUCCCAGAUAUAUUUUCUAAGUUUCCAAAUGAAAGUUGGGGAUCUAAGAUAGGAGUCGUGGUGAGCGGACCUGAAUCAAUGAAGGAGUCAGUGGCAUCAUUGUGCAGGCUAAACUCUCAAAGUUUGAGGAUGUGUGCUGAGAACAAGAAACCACACUUCAGUUUCCACCCUCUCAACUUCACACUCUAGGCUGACCAUAUGUAAGACUAGAAAGAACAUGUUCUGUUCAUGUUUAAACGUCGUUCAACCAUUGAUAACAAGAAUUGAGAUGCUUCUAUCCUGCUUCAUUGCUUAUUUUAUUGUUCAUUAAAUGUAUAUAGUACAUAAAUGCCAUGCAACACGACUAUGCUCUCAGAAUAUAGAAGAGUAGGCUUGCAGCUUCUUUUCCUUUUCCAUUCCCAUAUUUGUAUGUACUGCAACUGCCAAGAGCUAGUUUUACUGUUCUACCAAAUAUCUGAUAUGGACCAAUGAGCAAUAGAUGUAGAAGUUUUCCUUAA